UCUGGCUGUAGUAAAGAUGGCGUGUUCCGCGACUCGCAGCUCCGCACGCUGGAUCACAGUGGCCGCGUCCUCCUGCCACACACGAGCCUGUCCAGCCCUCAUCUCCUGCCCGAAUGGAGCCUACAGGAGCUUCUCAAGGCUGUCAGGCCGGCCGAUAUGGACGACAGGCCUUAUGUUUGGAGGGAGAGACGGGACUGCGGUGACAUUGAGAGGCAUGACAGGUAUGGGCCCAUCUGACAUCAACUGUAAGCUGUCGUUCCACACCAGUUCUCCUGUUAAUAAACAAGACUUCUACCAGAUUCUAGGAGUCCCACGCACAGCCACACAGAAGGAAAUUAAGAAAUCUUAUUACCAGUUGGCAAAGAAAUAUCAUCCAGACACUAACAAAGAGGACCCACAAGCCAAGGAGAAGUUUGCACAGCUAGCGGAGGCCUACGAGGUGCUCAGCGAUGAGGUGAAGAGGAAGCAGUACGACACGUACGGUUCUGCCGGGUUUGACGCGGGUCAGGCUGGUGCCGGUCAUCAGCACUACUGGAGCGGAGGAGCGAGCAUUGACCCAGAGGAGCUAUUCCGCAAGAUCUUCGGAGAGUUUUCUGGAGCGCGAGGCUUUGGGGAUUUUAACGCCAUCUUCGAUCAACCACAAGAGUAUGUUAUGGAGUUGACGUUCGCUCAGGCUGCCAAAGGUGUGAAUAAGGAAAUUAUGGUGAAUAUCGAGGGCACGUGCCAGCGCUGUGACGGCAGAGGACACGAGCCAGGAUCUAAAGUCCAGCAUUGCGGCAGCUGCAACGGGACGGGCAUGGAGACCGUGAACACUGGGCCAUUUGUGAUGCGCUCCUCCUGUCGGCGCUGUGGUGGUCGGGGUUCAGUCAUUACCUCGCCCUGUACGGCGUGUCGAGGAACAGGUCAGACUAAACAAAGGAAGAGUGUCACCGUGCCGGUACCUGCAGGUAUUGAGGACGGACAGACGGUCAGAAUGCCGGUGGGGAAGAAAGAGAUCUUCAUUACAUUCAGAGUCCAGAAGAGUCCGAUCUUCAGAAGGGACGGUGCUGAUAUCCAUUCUGAUGUCAUGAUUUCUAUAGCUCAGGCCAUACUGGGUGGCACAGUCCGAGCGCAAGGAUUAUACGAGACCGUCAACCUUUCUAUCCCAGCUGGAAUCCAGUCCGACCAGAGGAUCCGGUUGUCCGGGAAAGGAAUCCCGCGGGUCAGUGGCCACGGUUACGGCGACCACUACGUCCACGUCAAGAUCAAAAUUCCCAAGAUGUUGACAGACAGACAGCGAGCGCUCUUGAUGAGCUAUGCAGAGGACGAAACCGACGUGGAGGGAACCGUCAGCGGGGUGACCAGCACCACUGCAGGUAAAAGAUCAACUGGAAAUUGAAAGACUGACCCUAGUGCAGAUUCCGGUUAACUGCCUGAAGACUACGUGACAGACAGGACAACAGGAGAAGGAACGGAGACUCUUGCUGUGGACGAGCUCACCCCCCUCAGAAGCUAAAUCUGGAUGUGAACUAAACUAUGAGGACAUCUUAUUAUUGACUUGAUUCCAGAGGAAUACGAAUCAUAUGAACUACCAUAUAUCUUUGGUCCAUUUGUAACCUUAAAAAGUUAUAACUAGUUUUCAUUUAGAAAUACAGAUUCUGAUUCUCGAACAGAGAAAAAUCCAUAAAUAUUGAAUGCCCAAAUUGCAGACAUACAUCUCAGAGAUGUCUGUUUUAGAUAUUUUGACGCUUUCCAGAUGAAAAGAUCUAAAACAAACUUCUCGUAGAUGUACGUGUGCUAUCUGGGAUCCCUUGAUGGCCGUUGAAGUAGGUGGUGACAUGUGCAGAAAGUGUCUCUGUUGUCAUGAGUGCCUAUAGAUUACUGCUAAUAAUGCAGAUAUCUAGGGCCAGCUAAUACUUGGUUCUUUAUAUGUUAGUUCUUGAUCUACCGUCAACCAAAACCACUUUUCCAAACCUGUGAUCAUGCUACAUGCAUUCAUUCAACAGCACUCUUACGUUUAAAUCAGUCUGCCUCAUUUGCACUGUACAUGGACAGCUGUUGAUAUUAUAUUGUUAUCGUGUUAUUGUAGAAAGUACAUAUUCAAUAAUGAAUUAAAUGAUUUGUGUGAACAUUGUAAAUGACUGAUUUUUGGCAGAGGAAAUGCCUUAUAGA